ACUCGGCUCGUGUCUACAGUGUGUUUACCGAGAGUGUAUUGAGAUGUUUCUUUUCCUUGAUUGGCCUUUGACAUUCGUUUCCUAUCGCUUAAUAUCUGCGGCAUUAAAGUUAGUAUAAAGAUAGGAGGCUUUCUAGGGAUGCGAUCUCAGGAAAGAUGUCCAGACUCCAGGCGCCACCUAAAGAAAAAUGACUUGGCUGAGCACCACCAGCUAAGAGGGGAAUUAUGAAAGGUGGGGGUGGGGGUGGGGGGAGGGAUGUCUCAGAGUAGGGAGUCCCAGGAGCACGUGAGAACACCAAGUAGGAGGCGGGGCUUAGACUUUGGUAGCCGAGGGAGGCGGGUUGCACGCCGGGUCUAAUCGGGUGUCUGAACCGGCCUCUACCUGCGCGUGCGCAGUGCGAACCUUCCGCUGCUCUGCUUUCUUCUCCAACAUGGAAUUCCGAGCCGCGCGGCUCGCAGUACUGCAACUGCUCCGUACGGUGGCUCCGGCAGACCUCCCAGCGCUUCUGCAGUGGAUGCGAACUACCCGAGAUUUUGAUGAAUUCACUCAAGACAAUAAUGACAUUAUGUUGAAAAACAUAGCAGAAGACCUUCGGAAUUACUUACCUCUAGAAACCAUGCUUUCCUCAGAACAUCUAGCCCUCCAAAAAAUACAGCAGCAGCCAGAACCCACAGUUCACGUUGAUGCAUUCCUUUAUGAUGAAGACUUUAUUGAUUCAUUAUGUGAGGAAGGAAAAAUGAGCAGAAACUACUGUAUGGCGUGCGGUUCACAUCAAACGGCACCUCUAGGGUUUAUUUCUCAUUCCUUCUCUCUCACGGAAUUGAAAUUCAUUUAUCAUCACGUACUCCCUGAUCUGUCGGGAAAGGUCUUGGUUGACGUUGGCUCCAGGCUUGGCACCGUCCUUUAUGGGGGUUAUCUUUACAGUUCAGCAUCACAACUGUAUGGAGUAGAACUGAAUGGAGACUUUUGCCAGUUGCAGGAAAUGGUCAUAAAAAAGUAUCAGUUCACUGACAGAAUAAAGGUGCUUCAUGCAGACAUUUGUACACAAGGUUCACUUCUGCAGAAUGCUGAUGUUAUUAUAAUGAAUAAUGUCUUCGAAUAUUUUCUUGAUAAGGCAGAACAGGCCAGAGCCUGGGAAUAUAUCUGCCAUAAUGUAAGGAAACAAGGGUCGUUAUUAGUGACAGUGCCAGGUCUGGAAGAUUCUCUCUCAGGUCUUCAGGUUAAUAUACAGUUAUCUCCUUGGGUUGAAGAGAUACCUCUGAACUAUGAUGUAUUCCCAGAAAAGGAUAUUGACAGAGAAGCUCUUGAACAAAUACAUUUAUACAAGAUUCUCUGAAACUAAAAUAGUCCUGCCUUGGUGUAAAAUAAUUACAAAAUAAUUUAAAAGAAACAGAAUUUCAGUAUCCUAACACAUAUUAUUUCCUCUGUGUUCCUUUCUAGUGUUUGUACAUAUGCUUGCAUUUUUGUAAAUAGUUGUAUGUGUGUGUGUAUAUAUAUAUAUAUAUAUAUUCAACUUUGUGUGAUAAUUAUAUUAAAAUAUUUAUCUGGAA